CACGACAAUGCCCAAAAGAACUACGCGUUUGGGUUGUCUUUUAAUUCAGGAAAAUCAGAGCUGUUUUUAGGACAAUUUUCUCUUUCUUUCUUCUCAUUUCUCUCCAGAAACAAACAAGGAGAAAUUACAGAGAAAAAGAAAACAACUGUUGAGUCCUGGGGGGUACAAUUUUCUCAAUCUCUCCUCCUCCUCCUCCUCAAGAAUUCUGCUUGAUGAUUAAUCUGAGAUGGUUGUUUCUGGGUCAAAUACUCUGUGAAGAAUACGAAAGUUUUGCAACCCAUUGCUGAUCAUCAUCCUUUCAGAUUCUUCUUUUUUAGGAAUUUCUUCUACCUACCUCUGCUUUUAAGGUUACUUUCCUACAAAUUGUAUCGCCAUCAUAAACCCUCUUCUUUAAAGGAUAGAGAUCUGUUGUUCUGAGAUUUUUUUAUAAUAAAAAAAUUUUGUGGUGCUACUUUGCUCCUUGGAGACUCUGGGUCCUCAAGAUUUUUGUUGUUUGAAACUCAAGUUGUGGGUGACAAGGUGCUGCUGUUGUUUUCGCUCUCUCUGUAUUCGUGGUUUUGGAAGAAAAAGGUUGGUUGAGGAAGAGAACAAAUAAUGGAGGAAACAGUAGCGGCAAGGUAUUGGUGUUACAUGUGUGAUCAGAUGGUGAACCCCAUCAUGGAAGUUGAAAUCAAAUGCCCAUUUUGUCAAAGUGGAUUUUUGGAAGAAAUGGGAGGUGGCACAAAUCAAGAGCCUGAUUCUGAUUUUGGAUCGGAGCGUGCCCUCUCUCUUUGGGCCCCAAUCUUGCUUGGCAUGAUGAACAAUCCCCAGCGCCGAAGAAGGCUUAGGAGGGUGGAAUUUGAGGAAGAAGAUGAUGAUAAUGAGAAUGAUGAAGCACCUCGUGGAGUAGAUAGUGAGUUGGAUAGAGAACUGGAAUCCUUUAUUAGGAGGAGAAGAAGAAGUUCGGCUACAAUUUUGCAAAUGCUUCAAGGCAUUCGAGCUGGAAUGGCAGCUGAAUCUGAGAAUCCUGAAACCGAAAGGGAUAGGGAUAGAGAAAGGGAGCGUGUCAUCUUGAUCAACCCUCUCAAUCAGACAAUCUUUGUUCAAGGUUCAUAUGAUUCAAAUCAAAGACAGAAUCAGGGUCAAAUAGGGUCUCUCGGUGAUUAUUUCAUUGGACCUGGACUAGAUUUGUUGCUUCAGCAUUUGGCAGAGAAUGAUCCAAAUAGGUACGGGACUCCACCAGCACAGAAGGAAGCAGUUGAAGCAAUACCUACAGUGAAGAUAGGGGAGAGCUUGCAGUGUUCAGUGUGUUUGGAUGAUUUCGAGAUUGGUGGUGAAGCAAAGGAAAUGCCAUGUAAGCAUAAAUUUCAUAGUGGAUGCAUAUUGACAUGGCUUGAGCUCCAUAGUUCUUGUCCAGUCUGUAGAUACCAACUUCCUGCUGAUGAAUCGAAGGUUGAUUCUGAAAGGUCCUCAAGCCGUGAGAGAGAGGGCAAUAACAAUGGUGAGGGGAGUGGUGAAGAGGGAGAUGGCGAUGGUAGAAAUGGAAGCGGGAGAAGGUUCAUGAUCCCAUGGCCAUUCAAUGGCCUCUUCUCUUCUUCCACAGGGGAUAAUUCGUCCUCAACAUCAGGUUCUGAAACUGCAAACACUUCUGAGAGAGAUGGGAAUUGAGCAUAUUUUCAUGAGUUGUGUGUAUGAAUACUUAUUCUGCCUUGGUUAUUGUGUACAUAGCGAAAGAAGAGAAUGUGUAUUAAUCUUCUUUUUUUGUAGAUUAUGUUAUUGUUUAAUAUGGGAUUCCAAUCCAAUUGUUUCUUGAUUUGGUCGGAAUAUUGUUAUGUUAUUAAGUUGGAAUUAUUUUUCCCCCCUUCAAUUCAAUUAAGAUGCAAGGAUGUUGCUUGUCUGAA